GUGUAGUUUCUGUUGUCCCCACAAUCUAUCAACUGUGUCUAUAAGAAAAGUCUACAAAGGCAUAAUUCACAUCUAAAAUCCUCUAUUAAUGCAGAGACGUCCACUCACUCGCAUAGAACUUGGCUUGCAAGACUUGAUGGAAUUUAAAAACUUCAUUGAUACACAGUCUAAUGGAGACGGUGAAAAAGGUAGCAAAAGUACCAAGGAUUCUUUUGAAAAGGUACAACUUCGAGAAGCUGAAAGACGCAGAAAAAAUGCGCGUCAUCGGAUUGGUCUACCUCCAGAUUAUUAACAGACUUUAAGACUUAGUGUAUAUAUAUGAUUCCGUCAACCACUAUAAUCAAUGUUCACUUUCAACCCUUUUUCACUGGAACAGUAUGUUUAUCGUUUGAAACUUCUAUAAUGGGUAAUUUUAACAGAAUCGCCUGCUAACAAUCUGCGAAGUGGUUUGCAACGUCUACUCGAAUUUUUCGGAAGACAAUAUGACAGACACUACCUCAGAAAUUUCGACUAUAUUGUCAUAUCUUUUACAAUAAAUCUCAAGUUCUAAAGUGUCGCAAAAAUAAUCCACAGCACAACCCACCUCUGGUUGAUUUCUAGAAUGAGGACUAUAUCCUAGGUUUAGAAUGAAUUGAAUUAUCUAGAAUGUCAUAUCAUACUGGAAGUCUUCUUUCACUAAGGAAGGGAGUUAUUGUUGCGACUAUUUUGGGAAGGGGUGUAGAUAAUGUACACGAAAAUGAUUUCGCCACAGGUUGGUUUUAAGGUGCUUGUAAAAUAUCGACCGGAUCAGACUACACAGAUUAUCUAGACCAAAUACAACAAACGGGUUGGAUUUUGUUCAGGUCAUCACAUCUACUCUUUCUCAAAACGAUCAAGUAUCGUCACAUGCAUCGCAUUUCUGAUAUCAGAAUUGCAGUCAAUUUACUGAACAGAACUGUACUUGACAUCUGUACAUUAGAGAGGGAUGUACUUGAGGCGGUCAUCUUGGAUUUUUUCACAACUAUCCUAUUAGAGUGAUAACAUACAAUUAUCUUUAAAUUCUAGUCCAUAAUAUGAGUGCUUUUGAAUGAGGCUAACCAAUCUUGCUAAUUUUUCUGUAGCCUUAUAAAUGAUGACAUUUCCCAAACAGCUUUGAAGGGAAUUCCUACUCACUGUCUUCUCGCACCACGGGUGUUGUUUACGAAAAUGAGAGGACGAAAAGCGAAUGUCCGGCACCGACUUUAACCGGAUCCCAAACCAAUGGUGCACAUGGGCUCCAGUAUCCUGCGAGAACAAAUGGCGUAUGAACCAAUUUCUUGGUCACCGACUUCCAUGGGACUGCAUCUCCACACGAUGCUCCACUGCCUUGUGGGUCAGACAUUCAGGUCGAAGGCUCGGGGUGUGGC